UGUGGUUUUCCAAUCUAGGCCGAGGGGGCUAGGUUUCUUCAGACAAUCAGGGCCCAAGGUUAAGAUUUCUCUAGAAAUUCAAGGCUCGAGUUUAUGAUUUGCUAGAGAAAAUUUUGCUUCUGUCUUGUUCUAGGAAUUCGUUUUUACAUUCGCAACUAUGUCGACGAUGCUAGCUUCCUGAGAAUUACGACACAGUUUGGGUUUAGGGCUUUUCGAUGGCUAAGGAGAACGAAUCGGCUUCGCAGGCCACCGUCAAUGGAGACAAUGCACUCACGAGAUCUACAAUGUCGUCCAUCGGGAUAGGAAGAGGAUGUGUUUUGCUUAGGGAAACACAUGGAGAAUGUACGAGAUAUCGAUGGUGCUGUCCUCAUUCUUGGCGUGACGAUAGACUUGUGUUAAUAAUGAGUUUGUUAGGGGCAACUGAAGAACCUUUGGGUUUGAGUUAUUCAAAUAGAUCCUAUCUUAUGUGGCGCCAAUGGGUAACCCAUUGCCUGUCCCUACCUGCUUUACAAGUGGCGCCACAACACAGGGACAAGUAUGAUUUCUUUGCAUUGCAGGCUCCAAAAUAUAGCAAGGAAUUCUUCAUGGGGUCUUGGACACACCCAAUCUGCAAUCUGGGUUUGAUACUUUUAACUUUCUCCUAUCACAAAUUACGUUAAACCUUCUAUAUGAUAGAAUUUUACCACUCAUCUUUAGGGCUGUAGUACUAAAUGGACAAUGCUGACUUUCAUGAUUUGCUGA